UCUAAAACCCAUCACUAUGAUCAGUUCCAAGAAACUCAUCAACAUGGCCAAGAAAUGGCAGAAAUUUGUGGCAAUCAGAAGGAAAAGGAUUCCGUUUCCAAAACAGAACGAGGAAGUAGAUAGUUGCAGUACAUCAUCAGCAGUUAGCAAAGGCCAUUUUGUUAUCUACACAGCUGACCAAAAGCGGUUUGUUAUUCCCCUAUCAUUUCUUGACAACAAAAUCAUCAGACAACUCUUAGAAAUGUCAGAAGAAGAAUUUGGACUUCCAAGUGAUGGACCUAUUACAUUACCCUGCGAUGCAGUGUUGAUGAAGUACAUCAUUUCGCUACUUAGCCGAGGUGUAAGCACACAACUCCAGAAUGCUUUGCUUGUUUCAGUAACUUCAAACCGGUGCUCCUCAGCUUCAUUGCAUCAAAGAUGGAGAAAUCAACCAUUUUUUAUUUGCUGAAUAUCUUUUUUGUAAACAAUAGAAAGUUAGAGAUAGCUGAUUCAUCAAUAGUAUACUCUUCUCAGAAAA